ACAGCAAGGGAGGGUUGCUGAAGCAGUGCUGUCAGACAUCUGGACUUUCUCAGGAAAUAUGACUCUCCAACCUACAAGCAUUCCAGACCAAAACAACACUAAUGGCAUGGAUUGUCCUGAUCCGUACGACUGGGAGUGGCUCCACAAUAGUCAGCCAGUAUAUAUCCUACUCAUCACUGUGCUGGGAAUCAUGUUCAAUGUGUUUGUCCUGAUGGUUUUCUGCUUCCACAAGAAGGCCUGCACUGUGGCUGAGAUCUACUUGGGCAACCUGGCAGCUGCCGACCUCGUCCUGUUGUCCUGUUUGCCUUUCUGGGCCGUCAACAUAUCCAACGGUUUCAAUUGGCCUUUUGGUCUGUUCAUGUGCAAAGUCGUCAACCUGGGCAUUAAGAUGAAUGCCUACAGCAGCAUCUACUUCCUCGUUCUGGUUAGCAUGGAUCGCUAUGUGGCACUGGUGCAUACAAUUUCCCAUGGCAGAAUGCGUAGGCCAAAAUAUGCCAAACUGGGUUGUCUGCUGAUGUGGGGUUUCGGCUUGCUCCUGUGUGUCCCCACACUCGUCUUCAGGAAAAUGAAAUAUUUGCCUGAGUUUGGUAUAACUCCAUGCUUUCUGGAGUACCCAAAUUUAACCACAGAGCUGUUCUUUGAUGGAAUGUUGAUCAUUUUCAGCUUCAUCGUCCCCAUUUGCAUUAUCACAUUCUGCACUCUCAAGAUUAUUCAGGCUUUGAAGAUCCAGGUGAUAGAGAGGUUCAAUGCUGAGAAAACAGAGCAGAAGGCCACCAAGCUGGUGCUGGCGGUCCUCCUGGCGUUCCUGAUCUGCUGGGUGCCAUUCCACGUGGUCACCACACUGGACGUGCUCUUACGAGCUGACAUCCUGAGCGGGUGUCACCUCCAGUCUGUCCUAGAGAUCUGCAAUCAAAUCUUCACCUACUUGGCCUUCUUCAACAGUGUUCUCAACCCCAUCCUCUACGUUAUUGUGGGAAAGAACUUUCGUAAAAAAGUUUGUGAACUCUUCAAGGAGUGGAAGAUCAAGAAAACAGCCACGUCUGAGUCUUCACGUUUAUCAAACCUGUCCUCUACACUGAAGACUUUGGUAUAAAAUACUGUUUUCCAAAGCAAUGUUCUCAUUAAAAAUGUACUUUGUAGAAAGAUGUCUGUAGUGGUAGUAAUAGUCUUGUGCAAAUGUAAAUCCUCGAUGAUAAGCUGAUUCAUUAUUAGAUUUGUAGUGGAUGUAAUUGUGUAGUCGGCCUAAUGGGACCAAAUCACUCCUUUCUCAAAUCAAUCUUUGACGAUACGUCUUCUCAAACGGAUUACCAAGUUUUAAUGAUGUUGUAAUAUGUGUAAAGCCAUACAAGGCUUGAUUUGUUUUUCUCCGUUUUUAAACAGUUUCACCACGUGCUAUGAACAACAGCUGGCCUCUUGUUACAAACAUUGGCAAGCAUACAUAUUUUGAAUGUACAGGUGGUGUGAUAUGAAUCAGCCCAGUUGCUGUAAAAUAGCUUAUUUAAAUACAGUUGUCAUAUUCUGUUUUGUAUUGCUGAUAACUCAGAUAAUAAAUAGUACCAGUAUGUGUUUUUCUAUGAAUA